UUCCCAUCGAUGAUUCUCCACCUCUACUUGCCACGAAGAACACAAUUUUUUUGCUGUCACAAUUAAGGACGGAACUUCUACGCUGCACAAGUUGGUACAUUAGGGGUUGACGCUAGCUAAAGAUGGGCUCGAGUCACAGCAUUCAUGUCCCCGGAGGCGGCACCGAAGGCUACCACGUCCUCAAGGUGCAGGACAACUCGCCGGGACAGAAGGCCGGUCUGGAAGCCUUCUUCGACUUUAUUGUGGCCAUUGCCGGUACUCGACUGGACCAAGACAACGAUAUGUUGAAGGAGCUGCUGCGCCAGAACGUUGACAAACCGGUGCGCCUCACUGUGUACUCCAGCAAAACGCAGACUGUUCGCGAACUGACUCUUACGCCCAGCAACAGUUGGGGCGGACAGGGACUUCUGGGCGUCAGCAUCCGCUUCUGCUCAUUCGAGGGCGCCAACGAAAGUGUUUGGCAUAUCCUGGAAGUGCAUCCUAAUUCUCCGGCCGAGUUGGCUGGCCUCAGGGCCUACAGCGACUAUGUGAUCGGUGCCGAUGCGAUCCGCCACGAGAACGACGACCUCUUUACUUUGAUCGAGACCCACGAGCAGCAGCCGCUGAAGAUGUACGUCUACAAUCUGGAUGAUGACGCGUGCCGCGAGGUAACCAUCAAGCCCAACACUGCCUGGGGAGGAGAGGGCGCUCUUGGAUGUGGCAUUGGCUUUGGUUAUCUGCAUCGCAUUCCUGUGCAAGCAGCGCCCCUUUCCGGAGCUGCUGGGUCUGUUCCUGUUGCGUCGGAGGCUGCUGUUCCGCUAUUAAGCGGAGGUGGAGCUGUUCCAGCUGGUGCUACUGCCCCUGUGGCUGCUGCUGGAUCUGCUGUCGUCUCACCAACGUUGCCUUAUAUACCACCACUUGCAAACACUUUUGGAUCUACCAAUGCAGAGAUAAGACCACCUACCAUAGAUCCACCAGCGCAGAGCCUGUUUAAGACCUACUUCAACCCGGAUGAUGCUACAGAUGCUCUCACUGCAGCGCUCGAGACUCAGGCGAAUAUUACCGACCCAGCUGCGGUACCAGCGGCAGCGGUGGCACCGCCGCCACUUGUUGACGUGGCUGUGGCUCCAGUUCAAGUUCCACCUCCCACACCACUUAUACCGCAGUCGAUACAACCUAUACAGCCGUCUACACAGCCUUUGCCGCCACCAGCCAACAUUUUUAUUCCCGGAGUCUAUGAUCCGAGCACACAACAGAACGCGACACUCGAAGGAAUUCCCGCCGCUCAGCUGCCAUUUCCACAAGCAACUGCAGCACCUGCAGCAGUGCCCAUGUUCUCUGCUCCGCAACAGGCAUACAUGUCGGCUCCGGCAACUCUCUCAUACCCAGCUGGCGCCCAGACGGUGCCCUCGUAUCCACAGGUUCAGCCCUCCAUGGGAGGACUCUUUCCCACGCAGCCAACGCCACUGCCACCACAAAUGGCGCAUGUUUUUUCGCCUCCAAUACCAGCACCGGCAGGAGUCCCUUCAGCCCCAACAGCACCGGCGGGCAUCGCAGGAGGUGAUCCAACAGUGGCGGCCACUAAUCUGCCCAGCAACUAAGCCUUUAGCUGAGCUGAUUGGUCAAACUGUCGUUAAGCUUGUUCCUGUCAUUUGAUUUGAUAAACAUCAACAGUGAUGAGGAAAUGUUGGCAAACUGCGUGCAAAUUAUGUAAAUUGCAUAUUAAUAAUAAUCUAAAUUAACUUUAUAAUAAAACAAAUUAAACUUCA